CAUUUUCAUCGCUUUCGUGUUCUGAUUUAUUUUCAAUAAUAUACAUCUCACUCCGAGAAACUGCCGAAUUAUCCGUUUCCCUUCACUGUUUAUCGAAUCAUUCAUUAAUAAGAUGAAAUUGAUCGGGAUUAUAUAUUUGAUCGGAUUAUUGCUGUCGUUUUAUGGUCGCCUUGGUGCGGCUUCAGUGAAUGUGACUCCCAAGUUAAACACGUUUAUGAAGAGAAUUAUACGGAGUGCUAGCUGGAAUCAGUCAAACACCGAAUUCAAUCCUGAUGUCAUUCUCGAUACGCCGCAGAUGAUAAGAAGAGCGGGUUAUCCUGUGGAAGCUCACGUUAUAAUGACGGAUGACGGUUAUCUCUUGACGUUACAUCGUAUCCCAGGUGGUAAUGAUUCUCUACCUGUGCUACUGCAGCACGGUCUUUUAAGCAGCUCUGUUGACUGGAUUAUUCUUGGCAAAGACAAAGCAAUCGCUUAUCUAUUAGCAGAUCAGGGAUAUGAUGUUUGGUUGGGCAAUUUUCGUGGCAAUACUUAUUCGAGGGCACAUAUUUCCCUAUCUCCGUCGAAUUCGACAUUUUGGAAUUUUAGCUUUAACAAAAUGGGCAUCUAUGAUUUACCCGCGAUGAUUACAUUUAUCACGAAUAUGAGAUCCCAACCAUUGCACACAUAUAUUGGUCAUUCGAUGGGCAUAACUAGUUUUUUUAUAAUGGCAUCAGAGCGUCCGAAAAUCGCUCGAAUGGUGCAAAUGAUGAUCUGCUUCGCGCCAGGAGUUUUUUUAAACCACAUCCAAAGUCCGAUACAAUACUUGAUCCCAUUUAAAAGGAAUUUUGAGAUGGUGAUGCGGUUGUCCUAUCACGAUGAAUUCCUUCCGAAUGAUCUUGUUAGAUUUCUUUUGAAAAAUAUCUGCGAUCAAAACAUUACCGGAGAGUUUUGCAUCAACGUGUUGUUUAUGAUCUAUGGUGAUGAUCCCGAACAGUUUAAUUACAACCUGCAGCUUGUCAUCUACAGUCAUUUGGGUAGCAUUUCGACUAAGACAAUAAUACACUUCGUCCAAGAAGUCGAAUCGGGCAAAUUUUGCAAAUAUGAUUACGGUCGCGAGGAAAAUCUGUUGAUUUAUAAUUCGGUGGAACCACCAGAUUAUGAUUUAUCGAAUAUCACGAUACCAAUUGCAUUGUUUUACGCCAAUAAUGACUGGUUAGUCAACAAAAAGAAUGUGAAAAAGUUGUACCAUUUACUGCCAAAUGUAAUAGACAUGUACGAAGUACCAUGGCCCAAAUUUAAUCACGCAGACUUUGUGUGGGCCAAGAAUGCGCCAAAACUCGUGUACGAUAGGGUUUUUAAAAUCAUGAGAGGAGAAAGUCUAAAUAACGUCACAUGAGUGAAAUAAUAUUUUCAA